CACAGCAAGUCUAAAGCGGACUUGCUCUUUAUCCUCCUACUACACGUAAGCAAAAGGGCGCCCCCUGCUGGUGCCAAUUAAAAUUCUCCAGCUAUAUCACAAAGAGGAGUUUAUAUCUUACAUGGGUUGCAACAACAAGAAUGACGCUGCUACCAAAAUCCAUUGAUGGUAAGAACAAAUCAGACAGCUAGAUGAUGUAAUUUAUGUGAUGUAAUGAUCAUGUUCUGGAGAAGAGUUAUAUGAAGCAGUAGCAACACUCACAUCCACCUUUAGAGACUUGAGGGAUGGAGAUCUCACUUCUCCUUAUUGGCCUAAGACUGGCUCAUAUUUGGCUCAUAUUUGCUGCUUUUACUGUAUCAGACUCAGGCAAAAAUGAGGCUUCAGCUAUCAACUGUACUCUGCAGGGUACAGCUCGUAUACCUGCAUUCUCAAUGGACGGGGAGUUCAUUAUUGGUGGGAUUUUUUCCUUUCGUUACAAGGAGAUCACAAAGAUUCACAGCUACACCACUGUGCCUGAGCCGCCCACCUGCACAGGGAGUAUCAACAGUCGUGAACUACGCUUCGGUCGUGCAAUGAUCUUUGCAAUUGAGGAGAUAAACAACAACACAGAUCUGCUGCCUGGGAUUAAACUCGGGUAUAAGAUCUACGAUUCAUGCGCCUCUGUGACUGUGGCCACUCAUGUGGCAUUUCAGCUGUCAAACGGGGAGGACCCCGUGAUUCAGACAGGACACAAUUGUUCUACAAUAGGCGAGGUAGUGGGUGUUAUUGGUGACUCUGGAUCCACUCCAUCUAUUGGCAUGUCACGCAUCUUUGGGCCCUUCAACAUUCCUCUGGUGAGCCACUUUGCCACCUGUGCCUGUCUGUCAGAUAAGAAGCAGUUUCCAACUUUCUUCAGAACGAUUCCCAGUGACCAUUACCAAGCUGAUGCGUUGGCCAAACUGGUGAAACACUUUGGCUGGACUUGGAUCGGAACCAUCCAUUCUGACUCAGAUUAUGGAAGAAAUGGCAUGGCCUCUUUUCUAGAAGCAGCACACAGAGAAGGGAUCUGUGUGGAGUACACUGAAGCUUUCUAUCGAACUGACCCAAAGAGCAAGAUCCAAACAGUCGCUGACGUUAUCCGCAGAUCGACAGCAAUCGCUAUAGUGGCAUUUAUUGCUGAUGGUGAUAUAAAAUUUCUAUUAGAGGAGCUAAACCAACAACCUUCUCCGCCUCGUCAGUGGAUUGGAAGUGAGGGUUGGAUUACAGACCUUCAGCUGAUGAGAUUCAGUUUCUGUGCAGGAGCCAUUGGAGUUGCUAUUCAACAAUCUGUCAUCCCAGGAUUUAGAGACUUCCUGCUGGGUCUCUCUCCCUCUGAAGUUGCCGCCUCCUCCGUCCUCACAGACUUCUGGGAGGAAGCUUUCAACUGCAGCUUGACGAAUGGUGAGAAACGAACAUGAUCAAUUCUCACUCUUUCUACAAAAACUAAACCAUGUGAUGGAACUGAAGACUUAAUGACGCUCAAGAUCUCAUAUACUGAAAUGUCUGAAUUCAGAAUUAGCAACAUGGUGUACAAGGCUGUUUAUGCCAUAGCACACGCUGUUCACAACGCAGUGUGUCAGGAAACUAAUUUCACUAAUACCUGUAAGAAACAAAAAGGGUUGGACUUAAAUCAGGUUUUUACUGAGCUAAAGAGAGUGAAUUUUACCCAGAAUGGUUACUCUGUGUCCUUUGAUGCUAAUGGGGAUCCGGUGGCUUCAUAUGAUGUUGUUAACUGGCAGAAGAGUGAGAGUGGAAAUAUUGAACUGGUAACAGUGGGAUAUUAUGAUGCUUCACUGCCAAAAGGCCAGGAGUUUCAUAUUUACAAGAAUCUAACCUGGAUGGAUGGAGACACACAAGUUCCAGUGUCAGUUUGUUCAGAGAGUUGUCCUCCAGGAACUCGUAAAGUGUUGCAGAAAGGAAAACCAAUCUGCUGCUAUGACUGUAUACCAUGUCCUGAAGGAGAGAUCAGCAACAUAACAGAUUCUCCUGAUUGCAUUCCAUGUCCAGGAGAGUUCUGGCCAAAUCCAAAGAGAGAUGCUUGUUUCCACAAACCUGUGGAGUUUCUUUCCUUCGAUGAAGUUCUGUCAAUCAUCCUGGCUGUAGUGUCAAUCAGUGGAGCCUUUCUGGCCAUUAUUACGUCAGUGAUUUUCUUCCAUCACAGAACAACUCCAAUUGUCAGAGCCAACAACUCUGAGCUGAGCUUCCUGCUGCUCUUCUCUCUGACUCUGUGUUUCUUAUGUUCAUUAACUUUCAUUGGAGCCCCCUCUGAGUGGUCCUGCAUGCUGCGGCACACAGCGUUUGGCAUCACAUUUGUUCUCUGUAUCUCCUGUGUUCUUGGCAAAACUAUAGUGGUUCUAAUGGCCUUUAAAGCUACACUUCCUGGUAGUAAUGCUAUGAAAUGGUUUGGACCUGUACAGCAAAGGUUGACUGUUGUGUCUGUAACAUUUAUUCAAGUUAUAAUAUGUAUUAUUUGGUUGGUUGUGAGUCCUCCCUUCCCAGUGAAAAAUCUGACCACCUACAAGGAGAAGAUCAUCCUGGAAUGUGCGUUAGGCUCUGCUGUUGGUUUCUGGGCUGUGCUCGGCUACAUCGGCCUGCUGGCUGUGUUUUGCUUUGUGUUAGCUGUUCUAGCUCGGAAACUACCUGAUAAUUUCAACGAAGCCAAGAUGAUAACCUUCAGCAUGUUGAUAUUCUGUGCAGUCUGGAUCACCUUCAUCCCAGCUUAUGUCAGCUCUCCUGGGAAAUUUACUGUGGCUGUGGAGAUAUUUGCUAUUCUGGCCUCCACUUUUGGACUGAUACUGUGUAUAUUUGCUCCAAAGUGUUUCAUCAUUUUGUUUCAGCCAGAGAAAAACACUAAAAAAUAUUUAAUGAACAAAAACCCAAUGUAAAAUGUGAAUGUGUAAUGAUGUGAUGUCAGAUUUUGAUAAGUCAUGUAAUUCUUAAUUUGAUCAUACUCCCAAAAUACUUAUUGUUUUAUUCCUUUUUGAAGUUCAUCUUAAAAUUUUCAAAUUACAUUUUAAUUUUUUGAUUUGGAGUUCACUUUCGAUUUUGUGUUUAUUCCUGUUCUGCUGAAUGGACAUGAUAAAUCAUCUUCGAGUUAUACAUUUUGAAGGUUCCCCUAAAGUUCACUGUGUCGUUAAUAUUUUGAUCUACUUAAUAAAAUCUGUCUUAAUAAUUAUUUUCUUUUAUUUAUUUCGAUAACCCACAGAACCCAGAACAAUGUAUUGAUCAGACACAAAAAUGUUGACAUUUUUUUCAUUAUGUCUGAUAGAUUUAAUGCAUU